AUGGGGCAGUUAGGCAAACUUGCACUGUUUGUUUUGGUUCUGAUGGCAGUGCUACACAAUUCAUCAGGAGGAAAGACAGGGGGUAAGAGCACCCCUUCCAAGAAGCCAUCCAAUAAGCCAUCACAGGGGACCAAGACUCAAUCUAACUAUCCCAGGCAACCCUCCAAUCCUGGUGCAGGAAGUAACCCAGGCUACCCCAACCAGCAGCAUCCUGGUAGAGACACUAGUGGCAGCUAUCCCAACCAGAAUCCUGCAGGAGGGGGUUACUCUAACCAAUAUCCAGGUAGAAGUGGGUACAGCCCUGGUGGGUAUCCAGCAGGUGGAUCUUACCCAGUAAGAACUGCAGGACAGCCGGGAGGAUACCCAGGAGGACACCCUUCCAUUGGAGGGGGAUAUCCCAACUGGAACCCCGAAAAUAAGAUCCUCAGUCCACGCUAUGGAGGCUCUUUUGGAGGUGGCAGGUUUGGAACGGGUGGCUCCCCUUUCUCCAAUACAGUGAAAAGUAUGGGCUAUGGUCCCUCUGCUAAAUCCAAAGGCUUCGCAAAAAAGGCAAUGCUAGCAGCAGGCAUUGGAGCAGUGGCAGGAAUGGCUGUAGGCUAUGGAAUCGGAAACUUUCCACGCCCCAACUUCCAAUUCAGGAGCCCUCAGGAGGAACGUCAAUACAACCACUAUAUGUAUGCACGUCAAGGCACUCAUUCUAAAGACAGAAAUAACAAAGAAGGACCCAACUACACAUCAAAGCAACCAUCCCAGGCUCAGUCAUAUGAGCAAUACAUGAACACAUGCAUGAAGCGAAAAGAUCUUCUAAAAGAGCAGGAAAUGACAGAUUCUGCAGAUCGCAAGAACAUUCAAAGAGAUGAGCCACUGACUGACAUUGCAGCUGUGAACGACACCACAUCCCCUAUGACUGUCAAUGAUUAUCCAAAGGCUGCUGCAAUUCGUGAGGAUGAUGAUGAUACAGUGAGUAUCAUGCAGAUUGGUUAUCCAGCUCUCAUUGAGCAGAUGAAAUCUCGGAAGUGUGUUGAGCUGUAUUUGGUUUACUCUGAGAGCUUCACGGAGAAGCAGAAAGAAGAUAACAAGGACAAAAAGGGAAGAAAAAAUUUCAGACCUUCCAAUAACCACAAUGGACACCGUGUCUCUGGAGUGCUUCUGUUGCUCACUACUUUUUUUAUGCUUCUUAGUGGCACUUAG